AUGGUCGCAAACAUCGAUUUGAUCAGCAUUGAGCCUGACCUUCAAGUUUUCUUCUUCCUCGACGACCACAACGACGACAAGCCCAUGAAUGUAGACGGCAGACCUCCCCACCACCACCACCACCCAGACCCAGGGCCUCCCCAGCUCCCUCCACCGCCGCCGCCGCCCCAGAACGUCGGUGGCACGUCCCGCAAGAUAGGCCUCUCCUGUGCAGAAUGCAGACGUUCAAAACUCAAAUGCGACCGCAUAUUCCCCUGCCAGUCCUGCGUCAGACGAGGUUGCGCUGGCAUUUGUCCAGAGGGCACUCUCGCCGCAACAAAGGGCAACAAAGUCCUUAUGGCACAUGCCCAGCGUCUCCAGGAAGAAGUCAAAACACUCACCGCCAAAGUCAAUGAACUCCAGGCGCAGCUAGCCGAGGCAGGCCUCAAAGAUAAAUCGGCUCCUCGCUUCACACCUCCGCAUAUGGUCCAGGGAAUGAGGUCGGUAGAGUCUCAUGAACGCGGGGAGAAUGGGUCAGCAAGCAUAGGUUCCCUUUCCAUUGGGGUAAACGGGCAGGCAAAAUAUCAUGGAGAAUCCGCGGGCUCAGAGUAUCUACAAGAUCUUCUUCCCGUAAGAGAUCCUUCCAUGAAUGCUGUAAGCAACCUCAAUUUCGUCCCUCAGUCGCAUGACCAGAUCAUGUACCCCGACGACCGCCACCCCCCGGACCUUCCCCCUGACAUCCUCGACCUCCUUCAUGCCUUCCCUUUUGGCGUCAAAAGAUCAACAUACUCAAAGUCCCUCUUCCAUCCCUUUUUGCCGGACCCAGACCGCGCGGUCCAUCUCUCCAACCUCUACUUUGCAAACAUUGGGUGGAUGUAUGAACCCAUCUCCCGAGGGGAUUACAAUACAAACAUCCUCGAUGUGAUUUACGCAAAUGGCCAAAGAAGCCUCGAUCAUAUACACUCCCAUCGGGUCUCCGUCUUCUUUAGCAUCCUCGCAAAUGGAGCGGUGUUUGACCAACAAGAGGAAAAGACAUCCGACCUCGCAGCCAGGACGUACAGUGCCCUCGCCCGCGCUGCCUUCUCCCUCGACCCCAUCCUCGUCGAAGCCACAUGCGCCACAGUGCAAGCCCUAUUUUUGAUCGUUCGUUUUAUCUACAACGCGGACAGGGAUCGUAACGAGGAAAGAUGGUUGAUUACUGGGUUAAACUGUCGCCUUGCACACAUGAUAUUUUGGGAGCUCUUCACUUGGGACGCGUGGACGGGUGUCGUAAACGGUCGUCCAGCGGCCCUCGCGGUGCAGCACACGGACUGUCAAUUCCCAGAUGACCUCGAGGCAGUUCCCCUACCCAACGGACAAGACAAGGACUUGAGCUGGCAUGCCUGGAAACUCCGCUAUGCUGCCAACAUCCUUACGGCUUCGUCGUAUCAUGUUUUCAAUCCCAGGACACCCCCUUACGAGCAAUUGUUGGAACUUGAUAAGAAAAUCCGAGCUUUCCCUCUCCCGGCGCACCUGCGGUCUCCAGUCAAAAACUCCGACGCGGGACGAUCUUGGUCACCAGAUCCCUCAAAAGCGAUGCAACAAUACUGCGCUAUCUGCACUCGCGAAUCAAACUUGUUGUACAUCCAUCGAAGUUACUUUGCGCAAGCGUUACAGCAAAAACCCGAUAACCCGCUGCAUCAUAAAUAUGCAGCUUCUGUCAUGGCUACUUAUCGAGCAGCUACCAGGUUGAUCGCUAGUUUGCGGUCGUUGUAUGCUGUUCAUCAGAGUCCUACGGGACAUUGCUGGUAUUUCUGGUCUGGAAUCUUCUCUUCCUGCAUUGUCCUUGGAGCUCUUGUGGUCGAGAGUCCCAAGUGUACUCUUGCGGGUGAUGCAUUACGAGAAUUGCAGGAUACCAUCCCGUUCUUUGAACAGGGAUCUCGUGCAUGCCGGUCUCAGGGCAGUGUGCCUAUAUUGGAGAAGCUCUUGCACAGGGCGAUGGCUUCGUACCAGGCCGGUAGCGAAGUUCAGUCGCCCAGCAACGACGUGGAUGAAUUGCGCGUCCUUGGUGGUCGUAAAUCCGUAAUCAAGCCUCCUUCACGGGCAGGUUCGCCUCCCAACUCGAGAACGGGAACUCCCGCAUCAGGAGCGCACGAAGAAGACAGUCCCCAAAGCCACAUUGGCGCAGAGGAAAUGCUCGCAGAGUACCUCGGCCACGCGCCACCCAAGUACGAAUAUGAAUCUCAAAACCCACACAUCUACUCUGACGAGGGCAACUUUGCCACGAAAUCUAGUACGAUGGUCGGGUCUGCUCCCGGACCUCAAGGUUACCUCCGACCCUUUAUCUCGCCUCCCGGUGCUCCGGGUCCUGCUAUGGGACCUGACCCCUCGAUGAACUACCAUCAACGGUCUCCUCAAUCUUCGACGAUGAGCCACCCAGGCUCCGAGCAUCAUCCUCAACAGCAACAGCAACCGCCACACCAGUGGUCCUCGAAUUCGUAUUCUCCUCCGCCACCGCACAAUCAGCAACCUCACGCGCACCCCCCUACGAUGAUGUAUGGUCAUCCAUUGGACGUGCAACCUCCCCACGCGUACAAUCCGACGAUUCGGUAUGCCCCUGGUGCACCACCUAAUCGAACUCAGGAGGAAAUCUGGAGGGAUUUCAUGAUGGGAUACGGGCAUGCAGGAUAA